AUGGGGUAUGCAAACAACCGGGUGGCUGUCGGAGAAGAUCACGGCCUUGAAGCUUUGUGGACAGAGCACCGUCAUUUGGCGAGAAGAACGGAGGACAUCGCCAAUAAUAUAGAUCGCUUAUUUGGAGAAAUGCGCCGAGAAUUGAGGUUGAUUAACGCUCGUCUCGAUCGGAAUGUUCAUGCUCGAACGGUAACUCCGGUGGUUAUGCCGGCAGUGAGACGGGAGCCCGUGACGGAUAGAGAGCGGCAACAAGAUAUUCAGCGGCCAAUAGAAUCAGAUUCGGAUGUGGAACUGAGACAAUUUAAUUUGGGGGAAUUGACUGAUUCAGAAGAGCCGGAUUUGAUUCGAAGACCUCGCCGGAAUGCCAGAGAUCGCUAUCCAGGUGAAUUUCGAGUUAAAUUAGAUAUACCUUUUUUUGAGGGAAAACUACACAUAGAAGACUUCUUGGAUUGGGAGAGGGCCGUUGAAACCUUCUUCGAAUACAUGGAGAUUGAACCAGAGAAGCAGGUGAAGUAUGUGGCUUGCAGAUUGAAAGGCGGCGCUAGCACGUGGUGGCAACAAAUUAUUCAAUCCAGGAGGCGAGAAGGGAAGGUAUCAACACUGUGCGCAAGAUACAUUGGAGGACUGAAGGAGUCAAUUCAGGAUCGUCUUGAGCUAAACUCGAUUUGGUCGUUAUCGCAAGCCGUGAACUAUGCUCUCAAGGUAGAGACACAGUUGCAGAGACAGAUGCAUCAUAGGCCGCUCAGGAGAAAUUUUGAAUUUCAGCUGAGGCAUGUAAAAUGGGUUCUCAGAACAUACCGGGUAGUAACAGACCAACGUCAAGCCACAGCGACCAACAAUUCAUUUUCUGGUAAUGGCAUGAAAAUUGUGGAAACCAAGGAAAAUCAAAAGGGAAAGGGUCCUGUACGGGAGAACCCGUAUGCUAAACUUUCGGGUAUUAAGUGUUUUCGAUGUUUCCAAGUGGGCCACAAAUCCAACGAAUGUCCGACCCGGACACAAAUUCAAUUGAUGGAUGGUGAGGAAGAAGAAAAUUUUGAAGACAGCAAUGUGACCGUUGAUACCGACGCAGAAGAUACGGCAGGAGAUGAAGGCGAUCCUCUGGGUAAAGUCUGUGAUUUACUCAUCGACAGCGGCUGUACUGAGAAUGUUAUUUCUCGAGCGGUUGUUCAAGCAUUACAACUUAAAACCUCCCCUAAUCCAAAUCUGUAUAAGAUAAGCUGGGUACGAAAGGGAAUCGAAAUUACAGUCUCGGACAUGUGCAAAGUUUCGAUAUUUAUUGGCCGACACUAUGUGAGUGAAAUUCUGUGCGAUGUUGUAGACAUGGAUGCCUUGCUCAGCGCUUGGAGGGAGUCUGAUUGCAUCCUGGCAUUAAUCAUUUCAGAACAGAACUCCUCUGCAGAACCUUGUGCAGUCCCAAAGUGUAUCAGCCAGUUAUUACAUCGUUUUAUGGACAUUGCUCCUCCUGAAUUACCGUCCGAGUUACCUCCGGUUAGAACAAUUCAACAUCAAAUUGAAUUAACUCCAGGAUCGACGUUGCCCAAUUUGCCACAUUACCGCAUGAGCCCGAACGAAAACAAGGUCUUACAACAAAUUGUUGAUGAAUUGCUUGAGAAACAAUUAAUCCAACACAGCAUCAACCCAUGCGCAGUGCCGGCUCUACUAGUGCCCAAGAAGGAUGGUAGUUAG